UACUGGCUCCCCCUAGCAGGACCGCUGGAGUUCACUUCGGGAGAGGGAGGGGAGGCGUUCGGCGGUGUCGGGAUCCGUGCAUUUUCAUUUUUACUCAGGAAACUGAAGGUGCCAGCCUAAGUUAUUUUCCUCACUAAGAUUUAACAAUGAGCGGCAGCCCAUUGACAGGGAUCCUCGUUGCUCUGUGUGUGAGCAGCGCUGUUCACUGCAUGCCGAAGAGCCGGCGGAUGGCUCAGGAAAAAGUAUAUCCCGGCAUAGAAGAGGCAUCUUCUGUUUCUCAAGACGGCUGUCUCGAAAAUGGCCGAUAUUAUAGAGUUAAUGAGCAGUGGGACCGACCGCAUCUGAGUGGAACGUUGCUCUGCACUUGUCUGGGUUCUGCAGGAAUUAAGUGUAAAACUAAACCUGAUGCCGAAGAAACAUGUUACGAUAAAAUCAACGCGCGCUCGUACCGGGUGGGAGAGACCUAUGAGCGCCCCAAGGACGGUAUGAUUUGGGACUGCACGUGUAUCGGCUCCGGCCGGGGAAAGAUCAGCUGUACUAUUGCAAACCGCUGUCACGAAGGAUCAAAUUCUUACAAGAUCGGGGACACAUGGAGGCGGCUUCACGACAUCGGGGGCUACAUGCUGGAGUGCGUCUGCCUGGGCAAUGGAAAGGGGGAGUGGACCUGCAAACCUCUGGCGGAGCGUUGCUAUGACAACGCAGCUGGCACAUCCUACGUGGUGGGUGAGACCUUUGAGAAGCCCUACCAGGGCUGGAUGAUGGUGGACUGCACCUGUCUGGGUGAAGGCAGCGGUCGCAUCACCUGCACCUCUAGAAACCGCUGCAAUGACCAGGACACGCGUACUUCAUAUCGCAUCGGAGAUACCUGGACCAAGAGGGAUUCCGGUGGGAACACUGUGCAGUGCCUGUGCACUGGAAACGGCCGGGGCGAGUGGACGUGCGAGAGGCACUCGUCCCUGCAGACCGCCAUACUGGGCACUGGGACGCGGGUGGUGACCGACCUCCAGGAGGCCGUGUACAGGCCCCUGCCCCUGCCCAAGCCCCCUGUGCCCGGUAGCUGCCUGACGGACGCCGGCAUGACCUACUACCUGGGAAUGCGCUGGGUCAAGACCCAAGGCAGCAAGCAGAUGUUGUGUACCUGCCUGGGGAACGGCGCCAGCUGCGAGGAGUGGGAGGGUCACUCUCAGGUGUACGGGGGCAACUCUGAUGGCAAGCCCUGCGUGUUCCCCUUCGUGUUCAUGGGCAAGACCUACUACUCCUGCACAUCAGACGGGCGGAGUGACGAGCAGCUGUGGUGCAGCACGUCCUCCGACUACGAGACGGGCCACAAGUACUCCUUCUGCUUGGAGAAGAACGUGCUGGUGGUAACGAGAGGCGGUAACUCCAACGGCGCCCUAUGUCACUUCCCUUUCCUGUACAACGGCCAUAACUACACCGACUGCACGUCGGACGGCCGCCAGGACGGCAUGAAGUGGUGCGGCACGACCUACAACUACGACGCGGAGAAGCGGUUUGGCUUCUGCCCCAUGGCCGCUCACGAGGAAGUGUGCACCACCAGUGAGGGCGUGAUGUACCGCGUGGGAGACCAGUGGGACAAGCGCCACGACGUCCUGGGUCACAUGAUGCGCUGCACAUGCACAGGGAACGGGCGCGGCGAGUGGAACUGCAUCGCUCACUCUCAGCUCAGAGACCAGUGCAUCCUGGAUGGGCAGACGUACGAAGUGAAUGAGACUUUUAACAAGUUGCACGAGGAGGGCUACGUCAUGAACUGCACCUGCUUCGGCUUGGGCCGCGGCCGCUGGAAGUGCGACGCCAUUGACCAAUGCCAGGAGCCAGAGACUAAGGCAUUCUACCAGAUUGGGGAGUCUUGGGAUAAAGUCAUCCGGGGCAUCCCAUACAAAUGCUAUUGCUAUGGCAACGGCAUCGGGGAGCUGAGCUGUGAACCGCAGCAGUCUUACCAUGGUGGCAAUGCUCCCAUCCAGGUGAUCAUCACAGAGACUGGAAAUCAGCCCAAUUCCCACCCAGUCCAGUGGAAUACGCCCCCCUCUGCCCAUGUUGUGAAGUACCACCUGAAGUGGAGGCCGAAAAACACCCGCAUUUCCUGGAAGGAGGUUGUUAUUCCUGGCCACCUCAAUUCCUACACCAUUGCUGGGCUCAAGUCAGGUAUCACCUAUGAGGGUCAGCUGGUCAGCAUCCUUCGCAGUGGCCGCCGUGAAGUUACCCGCUUUGAUUUCACCACAACCUCAGGCUCCCUGGAAGCCUGGGAAGGUGAGACCACACCACCGCCGCCUGUGGUGGACAUCUCCGAGUCUGUGACUGAGAUCACCUCCAGCAGCUUCGUCAUCUCGUGGGUGUCUGCCUCGGACAUGGUGUCAGGCUUCCGAGUCGAGUACGAGCUCAGUGAGGAAGGAGCGACACCCAUGAUCUUGGACCUCCCACAGACCGCUACAUCUGUCAAUAUCGGGGAGCUGCUGCCUGGCCGCAAGUACACGGUGAACGUGUACGAGGUGCCGGUCCAUGGAGACCCCAAACUCAUCCUCACCACGUCCCAAACCACUGUUCCUGAUAUGCCAACUAAUCAUCAGAUUGCCGCAAUAGAUGACACCUCCAUCACAGUUGUCUGGUCUAGGCCCCUGGCACCCAUCACUGGAUAUCGUGUGGUGUACACUCCCUCAAUAGAGGGUGGCAGCACUGAACUCAUUCUGCCUGACACUGAUACCUCAGUGACCAUGAGUGACUUGAGACCUGGUGUUACAUAUAACAUCAGCAUAUACGCUGUAGAAGGGAACCAGGAGAGCAAGCCUCUCUUCUUGCAGAUCAGCACUGCCAGCGAACCUCAGACAGUUCCUGAUACUCCAACUAACCCCUGGGUUACUGCAGUGGAUGAGUCCUCCAUUACUGUUGUCUGGACAAAGCCUGUGGCACCCAUCACAGGGUACCGUGUGGUGUACACCCCAUCAAUAGAGGGUGAGAGCUCAGAAGUCACUCUGCCUGACACUGCAACCUCGGUCACCCUUGGGGACUUGAGACCUGGUCUUACAUACAACAUCAGCAUCUACUCUGUAGAGGAGGAUGUGGAGAGCAAACCUCUCUUCAUACAGAUCAACACCGCUGGGGAACCAGAGAGAGGUCCUGAUACUCCUGCCAAUCCUGAAAUUGUUGCAGUGGAUGAGACCUCUAUCACAGUCGUCUGGACUAAGCCCCUGUCUCCCAUUACAGGGUACCGUGUGGUGUACACCCCAUCAGUAGAGGGUGAGAGCUCAGAAGUCACUCUGCCGGACACUGCAACCUCAGCCACCCUUGGUGACUUGAGACCUGGAGUUACGUACAACAUCAGCAUCUAUGCUGUAGAGGAGGAUGUGGAGAGCAAACCUCUUAUCUUACAGGUCAACACUGCCGGUGAACCAGAGACAGUUCCUGAUACUCCAACUAACCCCGAGGUUACUGCCGUGGAUGAGUCCUCCAUCACUGUUGUCUGGACUAAGCCUUUGGCACCCAUCACAGGGUAUCGUGUGGUAUACACCCCAUCAAUAGAGGGUGAGAGCUCAGAAGUCACUCUGCCUGACACUGCAACCUCAGUCACACUUGGUGACUUGAGACCUGGACUUACGUAUAACAUCAGCAUCUACUCUGUAGAGGAGGAUGUGGAGAGCAAACCUCUCUUCAUACAGAUCAACACCGCUGGUGAACCAGAAAUAGUUCCUGAUACUCCUACUAAUCCCGAGGUUACUGCAGUGGAUGAGUCCUCCAUCACAGUUGUCUGGUCUAAGCCUUUGGCACCCAUCACAGGGUAUCGUGUGGUAUACACCCCAUCAAUAGAGGGUGAGAGCUCAGAAGUCACUCUGCCUGACACUGCAACCUCGGUUACCCUUGGUGACUUGAAACCUGGUCAUACGUACAACAUCAGCAUAUAUGCUGUAGAGGAGGAUGUGGAGAGUAAGCCUCUCUUCAUACAGAUCAACACUGCUGGGGAACCAGAGAGAGGUACUGGUAGUCCAACACAUUAUGAGAUUGAGGAGGUUGAGGAGGUUGAUGGGACCACCAUUAGGAUAACCUGGUCUAAGCCUUUGGAACCCAUCACAGGAUAUCGUGUGGUGUACACUCCUGGCGGGAGCUCACAGGAGGGAGGGAGAGAUAUCCUUCUGCCCGAAACUGCUACUUCAGUGACCCUGGAUGACUUGAUACCUGGUAUUACAUAUAACGUCAGUAUCUACACUGUAGAGGAAGAUGGGGAGACCAAGCCUCUCUUUGUGCAAGUCAACAGUACCGGCGAACCUAAGACAGACGUGGUCCCAUCCCCGACAGACCUGGAGUUCUAUGAUGUGACUGACGUGAAAAUGGUCAUCUGGUGGAGAAGUCCUCUGAGAGAGGUGCCGGACUUCCGUGUGACUGUCAACCCAGUGGGGCGUGACGGUCCCCAAUCACAGGAGCUCCAGCUGACUGUGACGCGUAACACAUACGUAGAGGUCACCUCCCUCAAGCCUGGCACCCUCUACCGCAUUCACGUAUACACUGUCAGCAGUGGGGCAGAGAGCAAGCCAUUGAUUGGAGAACACGCAACAAAGUUGGAUGCACCGACUAAUGUUGGGUACAGAAAUGUGACUGAGGGCAGUGCCGUCAUUAUCUGGGGUGCUCCGCGUGCCACCAUCUCAGGCUACCGCCUGUUCCUGAGCGUGGAAGGCAGCAACGUCAAGCAGCUGAAGAUUCCCCCACGUCUGUCCCGGUACACCCUGCUGAACCUGCGGCCAGAUACCCAGUACACCGUCACACUGCAUUCCGAGAAGGACAGUGUGUUAAGUGAGGGUGUCAACGUCACCUUCACCACUGGCCGACCCAUGAGAAAUGCUCCUCGCUUCACUACUGACAUCACCAGUUCCUCCAUAACUAUCUCCUGGAGUCCCGAGCGCAAGGUUGGAUACAAGCUGACGGUGAGGCCGAGUCUGGGCGGCGAAGCCCCCAGGGAUGCGACAUCAGACACCGGCACCAUCUACGUUUCCGGAUUGACCCCCGGCAUUGAGUACACCUAUAGUAUCCAGCCCGUUAUCAAUGGCCAGGAGCAAGGCACCCCAAUCACACGUCGCGUUGUCACACCCCUGUCCCCGCCCACUGACCUGACUGUGACACCCAAACGAGACACCGGCGGCCUGAAAGUCCAGUGGACCGACGCCGAGACUCCCGGCAUCACAGGCUACCAUGUGACCUGCACCCCAACCAGUGACCAGAGGGGUAACUCCCUGGAGGAGUUUGUGAGCCCGGAGAAGAACUCCUGCAUUUUGGAGAACCUCACCCCUGGCCUGGAGUACAAUGUCAGUGUCUUUACGCUGAAGGACCGCAUGAAGAGCGUGCCCGUGUCCACCAUAGUCACCCCAGAUGUCCCUCAGCUUACUGAUCUCAGCUUCGUCGACGUCACCGACACCACGAUUGGCCUGAGGUGGACUACGCUGAACCACACCUCCAUCAUGGGCUACCGCAUCACAGUGGUGGCCGCGGGGGAGAGCAUCCCUAUCUACGAGGACAUGGUGGAGCCCACGAGGGGUUAUUUCACGGUGCACGGCCUGGAGCCUGGCGUCGACUAUGACAUCAGUGUCACCACUGUUACCGACGGCGGAGAGAGCGAGCCCAUCACGCACACACAGCAUACCGCUAUUCCUGCUCCCGCUGAACUGACAUUUGACGAGGUGGGCCCAGACACAUUGAAGGUGACCUGGACUAUCCCGUCUGUCCCCAAACCGAGAGACAUCACCCACUUUGAUGUCCGUUACCAUCCGAGCAACAACGUCGACGACAUCAUAGAACGCCGCGUCCGCGGGGACAACAGCAUCAUUCUGCGGGACCUGCUACCAAACACGGAGUACUUCGUGAGUGUGGUCUACAUCUACGAAGAGCGUGAAAGUCUGCCAGUCACGGGAACUCAGAGAACAGCACUGGACUCCCCUACUAGUCUGGACUUCUCAGAGGUGUUCACCAAUUCCUUCACCAUCCACUGGCUGGCCCCUCGAGCCUUAAUCAGCGGCUACCGGAUCCGCUAUCAGAUGGCCAGCGGUGGCCGUGCCAAGGAAGAGCGGCUACCUCCAACUCGGAACCACUUCACCCUGACAGGCCUGGCACCCGAGACGGAGUACAUCAUUAACAUCUACGCCAGGACCGGCCAUGUGGAGAGUCUGCCCCUCACCGGUCGCCAGGCAACGAUCUCUGAUGCCCCGACUGACCUGAAAGUGGUCUCCUCAACUCCCACAAACAUUUCUAUCAGCUGGGAUUCCCCUCCUGCCACUGUCAGGUACUACAGGAUCACCUACGGGAAGUCAGGAGGUCACGAGGCGCCAAAGGAGUUCACCAUCCCUGGCUCCCAGUCGACGGCCAUGAUCCAGAACCUGCAACCCGGCACAGCCUACACCAUCACGGUUUACGCUGUGACGGGACGAGGGGACAGUCCAGCCUCCAGCAUACCCAUUCACAUCACUCACAAGACUGCUGUGGACGCUCCCUCGGGGAUGGAAGUGACAGAUGUGAAAGACACCUCCAUUACAGUGCGCUGGAACCCCGCCCAAACUCCCGUCACAGGAUACCGGGUCACUGGCACCCCCAAGAGUGGCCACGGCCCCUCCUUUUCCGAGGUGGUUGCCCCUGACCAGACAGAAUUCACCUUCUCGGGCCUGAUGCCCACUAAUGAGUAUAAGCUGAGUGUAUAUGCUCUGGGCCAGAAUGGAGAGAGUCCACCAUUGGUUGAGACUGCAGUGACAACUGUGGACCGGCCCAAAGACCUUGGCUUCUCUGACGUGGAGACCACCUCUAUGAGGAUCAGCUGGGAAAGCCCAGAUGGGGUGGUGACAUCAUAUAGGGUGUUCUACUCCAGUCCAGAGGAGGGUGAGCGAGAGCUGUACCCCGCUCCCCACGGGGAAGACGAGAGCGCUGAGCUACACGGCCUGCGUCCUGGGACAGAAUACACCAUCAAAGUUAUCGCCGUACACGACCAAAUGCUGAGCACACCCUUGGUGGGGACACAAGCCACAGCCAUCGCUGCCCCCACCCGCCUUGAGUUUUCCCAUGUGGGUCCCACCACCUUCACCAUCACGUGGGCGGCUCCCAAAGCAGAGCUGUCUGGGUACCGUGCGGUUGUUAACCCCAAGAACAGGAAUGGACCACCCAAGGAGUUCAACCUGGCUCCAGAUACCACCCACGUCGUGGUACCAGGACUAAUGGUCAGCACAGUAUAUGAGGUCCAGGUCUAUGCCCUGAAAGACACCGUCACCAGCCGUCCUGUCCGGGGGGAGAUCACAACUCUGGACCAUAUCAGCCCCCCUCGCCGUGUGCGCAUCUCAGAUGUCAAAGACUCUUCCAUCACUCUCACAUGGCGCUCAAAGACUGAGACCAUCACUGGCUAUCUCAUCGAAGCCAAGCCCUCCAGUAGUGGCCAUCUGCCCCUUCAGUGGAACGUUCCGGCCCAAGAGCGUGCCUACACCAUCACCGGUCUCCAGCCUGGUACCAACUAUGUCAUUCAGAUCUACACGCUGAACGGUGCUUCUCGCAGUGAUCCCUUCACCCUCACUGCAACUACAGUUAAACCAGUGGUGGAACCUCCUACCGACAUCCGUUUCAUCUCGCUGACACCCAUCAGCAUCUCGUUCGCUUGGGAGCCUCCUCGAACCCGCAUCACCGGCUACUACAUCACCUACCAGGAGUUGGGAGGAACCCCCAAGGAGCUCACUCCUCGUCCGCACGCUGGCAUGAGCUAUGCUACAGUCAGCGGUUUGAAACCUGGCACUGAAUACAUCAUCAGAAUCACUGCCUUGCAAAAUGGACAGAGCAGCAUCGCCCUGGUGGGCAAGGCCACAACCCAACUGGACAUGCAGCUUCCAGUGCCUGAACUCCCUGUGCAUCGCCUCCCUGGCCCUGGCAUCCUCGACGUGCCCGAAGACACUACCGAUUUUGAAGACAACCACGUGCAGCUUCUGGGCACCAGUGGACCAGAACUCCCCGGCCAGCACGGCCAGCACAUCUACACAGAGUACCAGAGCCUGGGCGGCAACGGGCAGCACCCGCUAGCACACGGCCGCCAGCCACUGGUCUAUGUGCCCCAGGCGGGCCCCGACGGGGUUCGCGUACCCGUGGUGCGGCUCGAUGAGGACCCCGUGCCAGGCUUUCCCUUGUCGUUUGCAGAGAAUGAUACAGGGAUCCCUCAACAAGCGCUAACACAAACCACCAUCUCCUGGAGGCCACUGCAGCACAGCGCUGCCUACGUCGUGUCCUGCUAUCCUCGCACCAACCUCGAAGAGAAGAUGUUCCAGAUGCGUCUCCCGGGGACGGCCACCAGCGCCACGCUCAUCGGCCUGACCUCAGGGGCCUCAUACAACGUCAUUGUGGAGGCCCUUAAGGGAUCUCUCAAGCACAAGAUCCUUGAGGAGAUUAUCACAGCAGGCAACUCAGUUCCAGAGGACGUGCCUUCUAGCACCGACGUGUGCUACGACACCUUCACGGCCACCUACCACGAUGUGGGCGCGGAGUGGGAGCGCAUGUCCGACACCGGCUUCAAGCUGUGGUGCAAGUGUCUGGGUCUGGGCAGCGGCCAUUUCAGAUGCGACUCGUCCAAGUGGUGCCAUGAAGGUGGUAACAGCUACCGCAUUGGUGAAAAGUGGGACCGCCAGGCUGAGGAUGGUCACAUGAUGAGCUGCACCUGCCUGGGUAACGGAAAGGGCGAGUUCAAAUGUGAACCACACGAGUCCACAUGCUACGAUGAAGGAAAGGUGUACCGUGUGGGGAAUCAGUGGCAGAAAGAGUAUCUAGGAGCCAUUUGCACUUGCACUUGCCAUGGUGGACAGCAGGGAUGGCGCUGCGAGAACUGUAGACGGCCAGGCGGAAACGUGGAUGGGAUCCUGGUGCAACCGGUGAACUCUGAUGCAUUCCACCGCUACAGGGAAAAUAUCCUACGCAAAAUGAACAUCCAAUGUCCCAUUGAGUGCCUCAGACCAGAGCUGCUUGUAGAAACCCAAAAUCCUGAGCAGUGAAGGAGUUCAUCCCCUCCAGCUGCUCCAGUCACACCAAGGAGACCCACAUGAAGGCCUCUGCCUCAGCUGUCGUGCCUCACCCCUCUGAACAGCGACCUGUAGCUGCUUCUCUGCCUCAGCUGUCGUGCCUCACCCCUCUGAACAGCGACCUGUAGCUGCUUCUCUGCCUCGCCACGCUGUGACCAAAGACUCCCGCAAAGCCGCUCUCCUCCUGCACGUAUUUUUGGUUUUGUGAUUUGUGCGCGUUUCUCUUUGGUUGGGUGUGUGUGUCUGUGUGUGUGUGUGUGUGUGUGUGUUUUCCUGCUAUUUGAGUCACUUUAUUGGUGGAAAAACAUUCCAAGUACCAUGUUUUUUUUUUUGGCAAGCUGUUCCCCAUAGGUUACUUGCUAGAACUGGGGUCUGCAAUUCUGAUCCAUGAGUCGUGCCCCAAGCAUUGACUUCACCAUAUAUGGUCAUCUAGUCAAAGCAUCAGUCCCCUCCCCCAGAGAGCCAGAACUGUCCAUGCAGUGUUUUAAAGUAACUGUAAAGUCUUAAUGUCUACCUGUCCAGUAUUACUGUCACGUCUCUUUUGUACUUCAAGGCAACACAAAUCAAACAUUGUUCUAGAAAAUGAAUUCCGAAUGAGUUUUUGGGGUUUUUGCGGUUGCAGAUUUGUGCAUCAAAAUGUUUCUGUCCGGGCCCCUGUUCACCAAAGAUGGAAAUCUCACCAUUUGUGUCACUGAGUAAAACUAAAUUGUCAACAUUUUUAAGAACUGCCUUUAAUAGCUCGUUUUAUUUAUCCCUUUUAUUCUAAACAUUUGUGAUUCUGCAAAUUUUGAGGUGUAAACUUUUUAUUUUAUUUUUAUACUAUAGUUGCCGAAUCUUUACUACUGUGGAGAAAAAAAAAUCCUUUUUAAUAAAGUUUCUCUAAGAAUGUUAA